CAAGGGAAAAUACACUUUUCUCAUGCUGGGUGGGCAGGCAAUCUUUGAUGCGUCCAGACCCUUAGCGCUGAUUCUUCUUGGCUUGGCAUUUUAAAGCAGCGUGUUGGAGUCUUCUCUUGGUGAUAAGGCGGGGAGGGAGGUUGAAAGGUUAGCCUUGCGUUAUUUGAUCCUUUGUGCCCCUGUCAGCAGGCAUUCCUGCUGGGGGAAAAAUAUCUGUUAAUCCAAGACUUCACUUAUAUAUGAAGGAAGAGAGGGAGACCGUCAAAAUCCAUCUGGAGAUGUCCUCUCCUGAAAUUGCUUCUCUCUCUUGGGGCCGGAUGACUGUCAAAGGCUGUUCCACAACUUACAAGGACUGUAAAGUCUGGCCUGGGGGCAGUCGGACUUGGGACUGGAGAGAGACGGGAACUGACCAUGUUCCAGGCGUGCAGCCCGCAGAUGUGGAAGAAGUUGUUCGGAAGGGCGCCAAGACGUUAGUGAUCGGCCGUGGCAUGAGCGAAGCCUUGCAGGUGCCGUCAUCCACCGUGGACUACCUGAAGAGCCAAGGGAUCGAUGUGCUGGUCCUGCAGACGGAAAAAGCUGUGAAAGAGUACAACGCUUUGGCCAGCAAAGGGGCCAAAGUGGGUGGGGUCUUCCAUUCCACCUGCUAGAGCAAAUGUCCCCAACUUGGUGUCCCCCAGAUGAUUUGGGUUCCAGCUCCCAUGAGCCCCUGUGAGGCUCUCUGCGGGCACCAGGUUGGCAAAGCCUGCUUAGAGAGAUGAAGCCACCUCUCCCUUUCCACCGUCUUGUGCCUUCAUGUGAAUAAAAGAGAGCACUUUUGGGUCA